AUGCACAAAUCUGCCCUCAUUGGCCUUUUGGCUUCGAGCCCAGUCUCAGCCCAGCUUCACAGCCUAGCGCAGGCCGCUGGUCUCAAGUACUUCGGUAGCGCUGUCGACAACGGCUACCUGAGCGAUGCCGCCUACGCCAAACUUGCCGAUAACGUUGAAGAGUUUGGCCAACUCGUCCCCGAGAACGGACAAAAGUGGGAGACUGUCGAGCCAAGCCGUGAUCAGUUCACCUACGAAACUGCCGAUGUUAUUCCUGAUCUCGCCAAGAAGAACGGUCAGAUCCUGCGAUGCCAUGCUUUGACUUGGCACAGUCAGCUGCCCAACUGGGUCUCUGCUGGAAAGUUCUCUGCUUCUGAACUGACCGAGAUCAUUGAGGCACACAUUGCCAAUGUUGUUGAGCACUACAAGGGUGACUGCUACGCCUGGGACGUUGUCAACGAGGCUAUCGACGACAGCGGCGAGUGGAGAGAUAGUGUCUUUUACCAGACUCUUGGAACCGACUACCUUGCCAUCUCCUUCAACGCUGCCAAGAAGGCCGAUCCCGACGCCAAGCUGUACUACAACGACUACAACCUCGAGCAGAACGGCAAGAAGACCGACCGCGCCGUUGAGAUUGUCGAGAUCCUCCAAAAGGCUGGCGCACCCAUUGACGGUGUUGGUUUCCAGGGCCAUCUCAUUGUUGGAGAAACUCCUUCUCGCUCUGAGCUUGUCACUGUCCUUGAGCGCUUCACUUCUCUCGACGUCGAGGUCGCUUUCACUGAGCUCGACAUCCGCCACUCCGCCGUCCCAGCCUCUGCCGCUGAACUGGCCAAGCAGGGAGACGAGUACGUCGACGUCGUCGGCGCCUGUCUUGACGUCAAGGGCUGUGUUGGAGUCACCGUCUGGGGUAUCACCGACAAGUACAGCUGGAUCCCUGGUGUUUUCGAGGGCAACGGCGAAGCUCUCCUCUAUACUGACGAGUACGAGAAGAAGCCCGCCUGGACCAGCGUCUCCAGCCUUCUCGCCGCUGCCGCUACUGCUGCUCCUGUCACCAGCACCGUUGCUCCCGUCGUGACCACUGCUGCUCCUACUACCAUGCUUACCAAGACCAAGCCCGCCUACACCGACGACUGCGACGAUAUCCCCGAGACUGACGAGCCCGUUUACCCUACCACCUCCUUGACGAACAGCUCUGCACCUACUACCACUAUGGGUACCCGCACUGCCCUCGGCCCUGUUUACACCAACGUUGAUGAUAAUGAUGACGACUGCGAGAGCGAAGAGGCUCCUUUUCCUACCUAUGUGAUCCCCACCAACGGCACAUCGACACUCCCCACAAAGGCCCCCGUCUACGAUGGCGAUGAUGACUGCGAUGAUGACUCUGCCCCUGCUCCUGCUCCCGUCGAUGGCGAUGACUGCGAAGAGGGCGACUUUGAGCCCACAGCUGUCGCCAUCUCUACCGCCGAAGCCUCAGCUCCUACCCGCGCUCCCGUCGUCCGAUCCAGCUCUGCCUACACCUACAAGUGGAACACCCAGACACGUCCCUCUUACCAAGUCCCCAGCGGCACCGCCCCAGCUGGUCCCAUUGGAACUGGCAAUGUCGGCCUUGUCAAGCACUACUACCAGUGCGGUGGCAAGAACUACAACGGCCCUACCGAGUGCGAGAAGCCUUACAAGUGUGUCGAGCACAACCCUUACUACCACCAGUGCGUUGAGGCUUAA